GUUAUUUUAGAGCAGUUGUUGUUUUGUAUUGAUCAUUUUUGAACUGAUUGUGUAAUUGGCAUGAUACUUUGAUCUUUUUAAAACUUGGAAAAAAAACGUUGAUCUUUUUAGUGCUUGUGAAUGUGAUCAAAAUGAUGAAACUCACUCUGAUGUGUUCAGGGUCAUUUACAGUGUCCAAAGUCUGAUUGUUAAUGAUUUCAGAGAAAAUGAAACUGUUUAAACAGGAUGUUUAAACAGGAUGAAUCAUGAGCAUCCAGUGUGUAGGUGUUGGUCAUAUAUACUGAAUUGCACCUAUUGUAAUACUUUAGGGCAGUGGUUCCCAACCUUUUUUACACCAAGGCCCUCCUCCUCUCUGAAUAAAUACUGCACCCCCCCCCCCCCUUUUUUUUUUACUUCACAAAAACAUUUGUAUUGUAGUGUUAUUACUUUUCAACCCCAUGUUAUUAUUUCUUUAAAGAAGAAACUCAAGAAGAAAACCUUCAGUUAUUUUUUGCAAACAUACUUUGCAGACAUUCUUUACAACUUAAAAGUACUUACUCUGCUCAGUAAUACAGAAUUGAUAAAAUUGAAUUUUUUUUCCACCUGAACCACGUGUUGUAUAGCGGAGCAAUUUUUUUCUUCUUUCUCAGUUGUAGCUGCCUUCAUAAACAUAUUAAAAAUGUUUAUCCCACAACUAUUUACAGAAACUAUUACACCUGCCUGAACACAAGUGUUACAGAGAAUCGUACCACCCAAAAUGGACGACCAGGCAAAAUUGAUCAUCCUGGCUCAAGAGAGCACAAACUUUUUUACCUUUUCUGUUAAAUUUUGUCAUCUCGCCAUCAACUGCCCCCUUGACGACGAGACCCUUAAGUUGCUUUUCUGGAUCGGGGCCAACUACAAUCAUCCUGGAGGGAGACUAUCGUUAGGUGUUUGGAGAGUGUUGUGUCCCGAUCCAGAGAGCAGCCAGAGCAAGCUUCUACACUAGUGACUACGGAGAUCACGUGAGCCCCCCGCAGACCGAGCGGCACCACCCACAACAAGUGAGCCAGAGCCCAGGGAAAAGGAAGCAGAGCUUGCCAUCACCCCGGAUGCAGCGCCGCCAAAGUGGUUCUGACCAGUGGUGUGAGCCUGUGACACCAGUGGACAAGGGAACAGAAGCAGAAGACUGGCUGAUCGACUUCGACAGGGACUUGUCAACUCCCACCUAAGAUCUAAAUCUUCAUCGUUGUUUAACGACACCAUCGUCAUGUCCAGUCUCCUGUCACUUCCAACGCCACAGAGCUCAGUCCUUCAGCUCCAUCGCUUCUGGAUGUUUGCAGCCCUGCACUGUCUCUGGAGACGCCCUGUCAGGACAUCGAUCCGCAGGUCGAGCAACCACCAGCAGAGGAGCCAGGGGCGCAGCAGAGUUCAGUUUCAGCCCACUGUCAAUGUACGUUCAAGAAUGCGUCAAAAACAAGGGUUUUGAUAUUGAUAGCUCCCUGAAGUUGAACACAGAUAAAUCAUGUGGUCAAGUUUUAUUUUUCUUUUGAGAAAUUUGGCCAUGAUUAAAUCAUGUCUGACUUUUAAGAGCCUUGAAAUUGUAAUCCAUGCUCUCAUAUCAUCAAGACUUGAUUACUAUAAUUCAUUGUACAAGGGUAGUCAAGCAUCUGUCCUACAGCUGCAAAAGGUUCAAAAUGCUGCCGCAAGAUUGUUAAAGAAUACAACUCCACUGGCCCUUAUACGGGUCCAUCAUAAUUCACGUUAUAAGGUUUACACAUCCAUUAUAAAGGCUUCCCUAUAUGGUAUCACCCCAUAUUUCAGUGUCCCAACUUUGCAUUCACAAAACUAGGUAGGAUGAGCGCAUAUUUGUCUUUCUAUUCUUCUUUGUAUGCCCUAUUUUUGCUGUCAACUUUCCUCUUUAGACUCUUUGAUAGUGCCAUUUUCUCUCACCAGCUAGCUUAAAUGUUAACAUCACUCUACACAUGACGUAAUAGCGUACGCAAACAAUUAAAAAAAAAUGCAGUUUAGUAUGUGAGGAUGCCAAGGAAUAAUUCUGAGUGUAAAAAUAGGCUACGUCAAAUAAUUAUUACAAUACGUUGGGUUACAUUGUGUAACAAGCAAAUUAAAAUGAUACACAUUUAUUAUUCACAAUAUAGAAAGAGGAAAUAAAACAGAGUUUAUGAGCAUGACUCAAACAUGCCAUUAAUGGGCUUAUUCAAGUCUUCUUUUAUUUUUUGAGUCAUUUUUAUCCAUUUCACAUAUCCUACAUAUGUGUGUUUUAGCAAGACCUUCUGUGUUGCAAGCUGUUGAAUGAAGAUACUUGACAGGUUAAGUGUCACUACUCUGCUUUAUUAAUUUAUCCAUUGUAAAACCUGGACACCGCCACACAAAUGUGGCUUUUUGUUAAUGACUGUCAUACUACAGGAUUUAACACAGAGUAACAGCUCAAUACCAGUUUCAAAAUACACUGUAAAGGCAGGAACACACCAAGCCAACGCUGAUGAGCUACUGGCGACAAAAGCAGACUGCGGGGUUGGCUCACGUCGGCAGCAUCUGGAUCCAAAGUUGCCCUGACACACCAAACAGACGCUCGACAGCCGACGGCCAAGUAGCACAUCGUUCUGCGCAUGCGUGAGAUGAAAUGUCUUUCUGUACCAGCAGGUGGCAGUAGCUGAACGGCCAAUCAGAAUGAUCAGAUGGCCCGAUGGACCGAGCUCCGACGCCGAUUCAAAAUUUUCCCCGAAAAAAGCAGACGGGGACCAACUUCAGCCAACGGUGUGGAACACACUGAGAAAACUUAGUCGGCCGACGAACAAAAACUACCGAUGGCUGACCGUCGGCUUGGUGUGUUUCUGCCUUAACAGUCUGCCACAGGCAAUUCUAGUUUCAUUUUAUUAAUUUCUUAAAUUAUACUUUGACUAUGUUCUGGUCCGCCAUGUAGUGGCGAAAAUAUUUUUGGCCCAAUGCCAAGCUUAAUUGCCGACCCCUGCCAUAUUUGGUAUCAUUUGAAAGCUUAGAAUCUAAACUUUACAGAGAGUACUUUUAACUUUUGUUUUUAUGAUAAAAAAAGCAGUAAAAUUGAAUUUACAUAUGCAUUGGUCCCAGACACAAAUUUCUGCAUGAUGAUUGCGAAGAAAAUAUUCCACAAAUAAGUAUUUUUUAUAUUUUUCCCAAAACAGUCAUGUCAUAUAUCACAAGAAAUCUCUCAUUCCAAGGAAUUUGCCCAUGUAGAUUAAGUGUGACAUCCAUAGAUUGAAUGAUCUUCCAAAGGAUCAUUAUGUUCUUCCCUUCAGGUGCAUUUGAAUAACUCUUGCAUACAAUAGAGACAAAAUUAUUUUUCCCAUUAUUUGCUGAAAUCUAGACUAGAGGAAACAAAUAGAUCUAUGUGCAGGUGCUAGAGCACUCAGGGCCUGAGUUAUACACUUUCAAAUAAGAAUUUAAAAAAAAAUUCUUUGUUUUUAUUCUUUUUUAAAAUCACUUUUAGCUGUGUUUUAUGUAACUUCAAAGGGUUUCCUGUGAAAUGACACCACAAUUUUGAAUUUAGAGCACUGUAUGUGGGUAUGGGAAGCUUUUUAAUUUGGGUAGGCCAAUUCCAGGUGGAAAUCCCCAAAAUGGUCCCGGAGUUUAAGAGAUUAAAAACCGUGAACACAUCACUCCAUCCUUGGUCUCUCUACAUUGGCUUCCUAUACAGUAUAGGAUUGAUUUUAAACUUCUUUUAUUAGUGUAUAAAUCUUUGCAUGGCCUUGCACUGGCUUAUUUAUCAGAUUUGCUAAUUGAGUAUCAGUCUGGAAGAACAUUGAGAUCAACAAAUCAAAAUGUACGUAAAAUUCCAAGUACUAAGUUAAGUCAGAAAGGUAAUUGUGCGUUUUCGGUUUUCACUAAGAUUUGGAAUAGUUUACCCUUGCAUGUUAGGGAUACUGAAUCUGUACGUUUUUAAAAUACAACUUAAGACAUAGUUAUUUGCCAUGGCGUAUUUGUCUUGUUGAUAAUAAUAAUAAUUAUUAUUAUUAUUGUGUUAUGUUUUGACACUGAGAUGAUGUAAAGCUCAUUGGUCAACAUGUGUUAUUUUAAUAGUGCUAUAUAAAUAAAAUUGACAUCGACAAUGAAAGAUGACAGAAUUUCCAUUUUUGGGUCAACUACACUUUAAGGAAGUUGGUUUAGGUAAACCUAUACAUUUCUUGCAAUUCUUUUUUAAACCUUGAUGCCUUCCUUUUAAGUUUCUGUUACAAGAACUGCCUUCUGUUACACUUUCAUUUUAUCAUAAAGACCCUCCCCUUUUGAUAAGAUAUAAAAUGAACACUGAAACAGGUGCGUUAUUACAUUCUCCUUCUGAUCAAAGAUGGAUCUGCAAAUCUCAGUUUUUCUUCUCUUCAUUCUUUUCACUGCAGGACACUCUCUCAAAUGUUAUGAGUGUAUGAGUCUGACAGGUUCUUGUACGGGACAAACGGAACAAACAUGUCCCAGUGGAUAUUCUCAGUGUGAGAGUUCAACAGGGAUAACAAAAGUUGGUGACAUUACUUCUAAAGUGCAGGGUAAAGGAUGUGUUCCUGCCUGUCAAAGUGGGUCCAUAAACUUUGGCCUUGUCAGGACAGCUACAUCCUGCUGUAACACAGACCUGUGUAACCUCCAAGAUGCUCCAGAUCCCUCUAAUGUCCCGAAUGGAAAGAAAUGCUACACUUGUGAUGGGGAGAGCUGCUCAGCCAUAUUGAGCUGUUCAGGAGACGAAGACCGCUGCAUUACAGCAACAGAGACUUCUGGAAGCGUGACAGCGACGGUAAAAGGCUGUAUCUCUAAAUCCAUUUGUGAUGCCACAACAGCGGUUAGAAAUGUUGUGAGCAUCUCAUGUUGUGAGGGGAACCUGUGUAACAGUGCUCAGAGUGUCUCCCAGAGCUUCCUGUUCCUCUGCUGUUCUCUGCUCUCCUACUUCCUGCUGCACUGAAUCCAGCAGCUCUUCACAUCCUACAAUAAUACAUAUAUCAAAUCAUCUAUCAGAAGAAGAUAUUAGAAUUAUUUCUUUAUUGAUUCAAUAAAUAAAUCAUCUGUUUAUUUUUUGUAUUGAAUUUGUAAAACAAUAAUUGUGUUCUCAAUAUAAGGAUUUUCCUGUGAAGUUAAAGAUCACAAAAGCAACAAGAGUCUUGUCUUUGAUAACAGGAGUGAGCAAGUUUUUCAUGCGUACAGAGUCCAUAGAAGCAAACAAUGUCUUUAUUUUGUUCCAUUGAAUAAACAUUGUCUUAAAC